AUGCUCCUUCGCGGUAUCAUCAGUAUCGCAGCUCUAGCUCGAUACGCUACGUCCUUCCCCUUUACUUCGAACUUACAACCCAGGGCAGCCUGUGAUGGAAACACUGCUUCUACACGUUCAGAGUGGUGCGACUAUUCAGUUGAUACAGAUCCAGCUACCGAAGUUCCCGACACUGGGGUAACUCGUGAAUACUGGCUAGAACUUACUGAUGUUACGGUUGCACCGGAUGGCGUAUCGCGAUCAGCCAUGGCCGUCAAUGGUUCGAUUCCCGGACCGACCCUGAUCGCAGACUGGGGUGAUACAGUCAUCGUUCACGUUACAAACUCGCUUACGACGUCAAACAACGGCACGAGCAUCCAUUUCCACGGCAUCUGGCAGAUGAAUACGAAUGACCAAGAUGGCGUUAGUUCAAUCACACAAUGCCCGACCGCCCCAGGGGAAUCAAUGACUUACACUUGGAGAGCCACCCAAUACGGGUCGUCUUGGUAUCACUCUCACUUUGCGUUGCAAGCAUGGGAGGGUGUCUUCGGUGGCAUCAUCAUCAAUGGACCCGCCACAUCCAACUACGAUGAAGAUCUGGGCGUACUAUUCCUCAAUGACUGGGAUCACCAGACUGUUGACGAGCUCUACAUCUCUGCCGAGACAUCUGGUCCGCCAACACUGGACAACGGUCUCAUUAACGGUACCAACACUUACCAAGACGGCGGCUAUCGCUUCAACCAGUCUUUCACAUCCGGCACAUCGUAUCUAUUCCGUCUCGUGAAUGCUGCCGUGGACACACAUUGGAAGUUCAUGAUCGACAACCACACUAUGACCGUCAUCGCUUCUGACCUUGUCGCUAUCGAGCCUUACGAAGCUACAGUCGUCAGUAUCGGUAUGGGCCAGCGUUAUGAUAUCAUCGUAACAGCUGAUCAAGCUGAUUUGGCUGAUAGCUUUUGGAUGCGCGCGAUCCCUCAGUCUGCAUGCUCCGAGAACGACAACGCAGAUGACAUUCGUGGUAUCAUCUUCUACGGUGACUCAGUCGACACUCCUGCUACCUCAGCUUACGACUACGAAGACAUCUGCUCCGACGAAACGGAUAACAUUGUGCCAUACAUUUCCAAGACAGUUGGAUCCACAGCCGGUGCUACAGCCGAUGAGCUGGUCACCGUUGGGCUCAACAGCGACCUACUAUUCAAGUGGAAGCUCAACAGCACAACCAUGGUUGUGGAAUGGGAUGAUCCAACGCUCAUGCAAAUCAUGCAAAACGAAACCACGUUCGAGACAUCCAACGCGGUCUUCCAGGUACCCAACGCCGAUGAAUGGGUCUACGUUGUCGUCUCCACAACGCUUGCCGUGCCCCACCCAAUCCAUUUACACGGCCAUGAUUUCUACGUUAUUGCGCAGGGUACAGGUACUUACGACGACGAAGUUACUCUCAACCUAGACAAUCCCCCCCGUCGUGAUACUGCCAUGCUUCCCGCAUCUGGGUACUUGGUGUUGGCAUUUGAGACGAAUAAUCCUGGCGCUUGGUUGAUGCACUGUCACAUCGGUUGGCACACGUCUGAAGGCUUCGCGAUGCAGUUCGUCGAGCAGUACGACGCGAUUGCGGCACUGACAAACAACGACACACUGAUUAGUAACUGCGAUACUUGGAAGACCCAUAGUGAGACGGUUGGCAUCGAGCAGGAUGACUCUGGUGUAUAA